AUGGAGCUUUGCCAGAAGGUCUUGCAGGUCAUGAAGAGAGUUCUGGGCGGCGAGUCUGCAGAAAGCAAGAGUUUGCUGCUGCUGGGCGAGCCUGGAAGCGGCAAGACCCAGGCCGUCGAUUGGUGUUUGCAGAAGCUCAAGGAGGAGAACAACUCCAUCAUCACCCUGCGAGCUCGGGGCGACAUGUAUUCCUCCAACAUUGAGUGCUUGCGGCACCUGGCGCAACAGAUCGCGGGGCAGCUCAUGACAAGUCCACAGAACGGUUCAUUCGAAGGCUCUAUGGAGUGGUUUCGCUGCAUCCUCAAGGAGAGCUUCAACCGCGAAAGCGCAGUGGUGAUUAUCUUGGAUCGCUUUGAGCACUUCUGCAACAUGGCACGACAAACGUUGCUUUACAAUCUCUUCAACCUGGCGCAGGACCUCAGUGUGCGGCUUUGCAUAGUCGGUGUCUCCGAGAAGUUUGAUGUCACUUGCCAACUGGAGAAGCGCAUCCUUUCGCGCUUUUCGAUGGAGUACCUCUUUGCUUUUUUGCCACGAGAUGCCAAGGAUGUGACACGCAUCCUAGAGUGCAAAUUGCAGCUUCCUGAGAAUGCAGACUCGUUGGACGUGUCCUUUGUUCAAGACUUUAACCAGAGGAUCACCGAAGCCUUGCAAGCCAGGCUUCCUCAAUGGGCGGAGGAUAUCGAGCUUGGGCGAAAGCCCACUUGGUUUAUGUGGCAAUGUUUGCCGGUGGUGGGUUUCCUUCGCAGCUCCCUGGUAGCACCUGGCCUACCGAAGAAGCGACGGGAACUCGGCGAAGAUGCCCAACGGCGGCGGCUCUUUUUGCGAGGCCUGGCUGAAUGCGAACACCUCGUACUGCUGACACUCUUCCGACAGCGAACUGCCAAGUGGCCUCGAAGCCUCAGCACAGUACUGCAUGAGCUUUUGCGACUGGUGGAGUGCAAUGGCAACUGGAAUUGCAGGUUCCAUCAACUAAUGAGGUUGUGUUCUGUUGGCGGGUGCAGUUCGAGAUAA